CAAAGUGGACCGUGUCCUGAGUCUGCUCUGAAGUAAACCCUCCUGCCCUGCCGGUUCCCAUGCACAGCGACCGAGGACCUUAAGAGAAAAGCUGCUUUUGGACCGAUUAUCACUUGCUCGCAGCUAAAGCAUGGAAAUCUCUACCCUCACAAUGUACCAUUGCCUUGCUUUUGUCUGGUAUUGUUUCGUCGUCUACUCCAUCGCGCAUGUAAGAACAGAAGAGCGGCCAUCUGAAGUGUUCCUCUACGGUGGGCAGUGGAAGUAUUUGACAGUCCUCAAUCUGCUUUUGCAGGCUGUCUUCUAUGGGGUGUCCUUCCUGGCUGAUGUGUUGAGACUAAUUAAGAAACUGCGAUGUGCUAAGUGCGUAAUUUCCAGCAGAGACCUUCUUUUCAGUGUCCUGGCUUUCCCAGUGUCCACAUUUGUCUGUAUAUCCUUUUGGACACUGUAUGCCUACAAUCGAGAGCUGGUUUACCCCAAAAGCCUUGAUGGAGUCAUCCCGCUCUGGUUAAAUCACGCUAUGCACACAGCUGUAUUACCAUUUGCUGUCCUGGAAAUCCUUGCCACACCACAUCGCUACCCGGCAAAGAAGAGAGGAGUGACCCUAUUAGGAUUUGUUGCUUUUCUGUAUAUCAGUUGGGUCCUGUGGAUUUAUUCUGUAACAGGAGAGUGGGUAUAUCCUCUCUUUGCUUCGUUCAGCCCAGCUGGGCUAGCAGCCUUUUUCGCCGGUAGCCUUGUCGUCAUCAUCUCUUUCUACAACUUCGGGGAGUUCCUCAACCGUAUGAUAUGGGGAGAUUCAAUAGUAAUACUGGACUACAGGCGGAAAGGCAAAUGAAUCCUCCUCUUCAAGCCAACCAAUUUCUCCAUGAAUGCUGAAGCCAUGAAGUAGAGGAAAAUAAAUGCAGCUGUGAUAAAUCCUUUCUCCAAUGCAUUGCAGCUUCUGGUGAAGCCAUUAUGUCAUCAGACAUAUGGAAAACUGGUGGAAAAUAUGAAAUGUUUGCCUCUUACAUGAUAACUCUGCAACUGCUAUGAAUAAGAAAAUUGUGUUCAUCUGUUUACACAGAUUUCUCAUCUCUUGCACAAUGUACGUGAGGAUGUGUCCAUGGUUAAAACUCGUCACUGGUAAAUGAACUCCCUCAUGAGCUUGGCACCACUCUGUAAAAGACCUGUGAAUGCAAGCCAACUCUUGUUUGGAUCGCCCUUCAUCAAGUCUGGAAAAAAUUAAGAGGAGGGAUAAUUUUAACAGUGCUAUGACUUCCAAGCUAGCUAGAUAACAAAUUGGGCUAACAAGGACUGUAAUUAGGAAUGUCUGCUCAGAAAGUUCACCGUGAAGCCAAGUUCUUCUAACGAGAAACAUUCUGGAAUAUUAAUAUGCAUAAUAUCUCUCCUCCAUUUCAACAGGAAAUCUGAACACAACACUUUCUUCCUUUUUCUUGGUUUCAGUUAAUCUUGCAGCAAAAGUAACCUAAUUAUACUGACUGUAUGAUUGCUUUGACAGAAAGCAUGUUAAUUUAAAGCACUGUUUAACAUAAAGCUGCCUGCCAUAUAAUUACACUCCAUUCACAUGUUUACUAAUCUUGCUCAAUAUAGUUGAUUUCUGUUAUUAGCCUCAACAUCUCGUUAACAUCUAAAACACUGCAAACUCCAAUAAACAGGCAAACCCGACAGUAGAGCAAGUGUUCCUUAAUGGUCAACAUGAAAAAAAGAAAUAUCUCGUGUUAUUAGCCUUGCAUUCAAAUGAGGAUUUGAAACUAGCUGCAGUACUUAAAGGAAGAUCUAACUCCAUCUCCGUUGCCAAAAGCCCUGGCUUACAGCUACCGUGCGCGCAGUUCACCCGGGUGUUAUUUUCAUCUUUCGAAUGCUGCUGGAGCUUAGUGAAAACGAAACACAUU